AUGUUGGAAUUAAUGCCACUAUCGAAAGUCGAUGAUGGAUCAGCCCGUUUGAAAAAAGCUGUGGACAAAGAGCUGUUUAUCUCGCGAUGUCGAAAUCGUUUGAAAGGGAAAAAGAACCUCAAGCGAUACUUUCCCGAGAGAUUUAGUUUCCUUUACCAGUACCUUUGGAAUCAAAUGCCACCCCAUAUUUAUGAAAACAUUAUUGGAAAACUUAACAAAUCUAACCAAGAAUUUCAAUCUAAAGUCGUCAGCUCAAUGGUGCCAGAUGAGGUCCUCUACAAUCCGGACAGUUACGAACCAGUCCAGUUUAUGACCGCGAUGAUGUUCCUUGAUGUUUCGGGAUUCACGGAUUUGUCUGAAUUGUACAGCAAUCCCGGAAAUGGAGGCGCUUCUAAGCUGUCACAAGUGCUCAAUACCUAUCUCGGCGGUGUAGUGCAAGAGAUUCUCGGCCACGGCGGGGACAUUGUAAAAUUUUCUGGCGAUGCCAUACUGGUGCUGUUCAAAGCCACUUCUUUCGUGUCACUACCGGACGCCGUCCAUCGGGCAAUUGACACAGCAAUCAUUAUCCAGAUUGGUUAUGGCCGCUAUGAAACAGAUGUUGGAGUUACGUUGCGCAUCAAGAUAGCGAUUUCUGCUGGAGAAGUUCACUUUUGUCUGAUCGGCAGUGAUUCUUUUUCUCACUACAUUGUCGUCGGUCAGCCGGUGUGGAAAGUGAAGCUGGCGGAAAGAACUGCGGAAGCCGGAGAUAUCAUUGUGACGUAUUAUGCUUGGAGCUACAUUCAUGAAAACGAAUACAUUUGGGAACCGUGUGCCGACAGAACGCAUUUGAGAAUCAAAGGUUUUACUAGCUACUGGCGUUCGACGAAGAGACUAAAUUUUGCGGAAAUUAUGGCGGACCAAGAUAGUGCAGAAUCCUUAUCGCUGGACGAUACGAUCAAAAUUGACAGUGAAAUGCUAGCCAUUCGUCCACGUUUGAUGCACGUGACCACUCGGUUUGUUUGUGCAUCGCUCCAAAAGUUUUUGAUCAAGCCUGUACUAAACGCCGUUGAAAACAACGAACCACUAGAGCUACUGACCGAAAUGCGUCAAAUUGUUAGUGUGUUCCUAAACAUAGUGUUCAAACCCAGAGAAAUGGUUGAGUUGAUAACCGAAAUUAACAGUAUAUUUAUCUCCAUUUGCAAAAUCGUCGACGGUUACGAAGGCAUAGUGAAUAAAAUUUCGCUGUUCGACAAAGAUGUAAUGUUUCUAAUAAUUUUCGGCCUUCGAGGACUGAAACAUGAAAUGGACAGCCAAAUUGCACUACACUGUGCAGCGGAGAUUCAGGGGACAUACUCGCACCAUCCUUCGAUCAUUUCCGCCUCGAUCGGUGUUACUACCGGCAUUGCGUACUGUGGUGUGGUAGGCCACACAGUUCGUCGGGAAUACUCGGCGAUCGGAGUUGACGUGAAUAAGGCGGCCCGUUUGAUGAUGGCCUAUCCGCACAAGGUGACCUGCGACAAGAGCACUUUCAUGAUGAGCAAACUGGAUCCGGCCCACUUCACGCUGCAGGACGCAAUUCAGCUGAAAGGAUUGCACAAUGUUGGACCGAUUUACGAAUUUCGCGAAUUUGUUGAGGAAAGAGAGCUGCUGAAACCGACGGUGUACAACUACCCGCUUGUAGAUAGAGAUCAAUUUGUAGAGUUGUUUCAGGAAAUGAUUGACGACGCCGUUGCCCUUUCGCAAGGAGGCCAAUCGGGCCAAGGAGUAGCGCCUGAUUUCCCCGCCGGACAAUGGGUUCAGAAUUGUUUGCUGAUACGCGGCCAGGCGCAGAUGGGAAAAACUCGUUUGGUGAACGAAUUCUUUUACAUUGCUUUACGAAACAAGCUCAUUAGUUCGCUAUGUUUUUCAUUGCACUUAAAGGACUCAAAGGUGCCAUUUUCAGCCGCCAGUUUAUGCAUAUCGCGUCCACUUGGAUUCACGGAUGCAAUAACGACGAUCACCAGACAAAACCGUAUCAAGCAGUACUUACGCGACCACAAGGUAGAAGAAUAUUUAUCGUUGCUGAAUGAGCUCGUAGGUACCAAAUUUGCAGAAACCGAUUCCACGCGAAACCUUAGCUACGAAGAGACAAGACUGAAGAGGAAAGAGCUGUUCGAACAUCUCUGUCAAAAGACGUUUCAGAACCUGUGGGUGCUCAUAAUAGACGAUGCCGAAUUUAUUGACGACGAUUCGUUCGAUUUGCUGGAAAUCAUGUGGCGAAUGCCGCAAAUCAUUACGGUUCUAGCGAUAGGCUACCAGAAACGGAUGAGCAAUCAUCGUGUGCGAAUCUUCGACACCCCACACGUCUGUCAAGUUAAGCUUCCCCCGAUCGAGACGCUGCUGCAUAAAGCGAUUGCUUGUCAAUUUCUGAAUGUUAAUGCAAUCCCACUGGAUCUUGAACGACUUCUUCAUACCAUGAGCAGUGGUAAUCCUGGGUGGAUCAAUACUUUUCUACUAUGCCUACGGCAGAGCGGAGUUCUGCGUGUCAACCGCAUGGGUUACUGUGAGGCCCAGCAGGAAGGCUACGUUUUCUGUGAAUCUUCCUUCUUACACAGGCAAUCUGGCCCAGUGUGUUCCAGUUCCUCGCUACGUCAAAGUCUGUCGGACUGGAAACUGUUCGAAUCUUCGUACGCCGAAGCCGAAUCAUUCGUGACCCCAGACAAGCGAGAAGAGCUACCAGCGCUGUUUAACAAAAUCGUAGAUGUGGCUUGUCUAGCCGGGCAGCAGAUCGACGUCAAAAGUUUCUACGAAUCCGAGAACCUGGAAGCUUUCCAUCUGAUGCUGUACGACUCACUAUCCGCCUUCGAGCAGCUCGUAUGCAAAUGUGCCGCUUUUUUGGGCCGAAAGUUUUUGCGUGCUUCACUCAUGCACACGAUGGCCACCGAGAGUGAGUGGGAUGUAGCCAUCGCGACGAAAAAACUGUUUGACCUUCAAAUACUUUCGUGUGCGAUAGGAGACUUUAGCGGAGAAGAAUUCCGUCUGGCGCAGACCAAUGUUGAUAGCGAGAAAAUGCGCCGCGGGGAGUGUGCCUGUAAGGCACUGGACAUCGAUCGAACAUGCAAGGACCUACCGAAAUAUGCCGUCUGUGGUUAUUCCAAGUUCAAUUCCAGCACGUUCCAUCGUACGGUGUACAACUUAGUGACGGAGGAGCAAAAGAUGCAGUACCACACGAAUGUGCUGCUAUUUAUUGAAGCUGAAACGAAAAAAUGUAACGCGUGUGGUGCCCGACCGUUUAGAAAUUUGAUGACGAGCGAGGAGACAUUCGAGGUGCAGAGCGGAUGUCGAAGUACGCUGGACAGCGAGACCUACGAGUCCUUGUCGAGUGAAAAUAGAAGCCGCCUUUCGUUACACUCCUCCCGCUGUAAGUCUCUUCUGGUAAACGAAAUCUGGUGCAGAAUGAAAGUCAAUGCAUAAUUUACAGAUUCUUAUGUGUUGUUGAGGUGUCUCAGACAACGUCGGAGCGUUACCAGGCAGGUGCCGGUCCUCAGUUACGGUGCGUACAGCUUUGUUGCGUGUAACUGCGACAUGAUUCUUUACCGCGUGUUUAGCGAAAUAGCCCUGCAUAGCAAAGGCGCUGGACUGAUGGAGAAAUGCGUCGAGGCCAGGAUAGAAUGGGCCCGUAUAUGUAUCAAAAUUUCCAACAUUCCAAAGGCCAUCUCUAUACUGCACGAAACAGAGCGACUGAUGGUGCAAAUCGACACACCGAAAAACAUUGCCCUAGUGACAUACCUGAAAGGCCGAAUGUACACACUGCUAGGAAAAGCAAAAUAUUCUCUCGAGCAGUACGAACGUGCCGGCGAGAUAUAUUACCUUGCGGCACGAACGAUGGGCAUGCGAUUCCCCCACAACCGCACCAAGAUACGCCUCAAAACCUUUUGGCUGCUGGCGAAGGUAAAACGACAACUACACCCGGCCACUAACGAGAGGAACCCAGAAGCGAGAAGAGGUCUGUUCUAUUGCCUGAUCGUGUCGCAAAUCGCUACCUGUUUCAACGAGAUGCACAAAUUGCUAACGAAGCUCUGCGAUUGGGAUGGAGCAGCAUUGGCCGCUAUCUGGGGCCUGAAACAUGCACUGCAACAUCGAAAGCGUAACGCCACUAUAGUGAAUGCGUUUGCCAACUUCUUUCACACCGCGUACCAUACUGGGCUUUCCGAGCGUAUCGCUUGGAUGCAGGAACGCUCGUUGGAAAUCGUGGCCGAAAACCGGUCGCACGUUGACGCCGACUACCUGGACGCUGUGGUGCGCUUCUAUUCGGCUAUCUUUCUGUGCCAAACGUUGAAAUCGAAAAAAACGCUCUCGAUCGAAAUCGGAAAGGUGAUGCUGCACAUCAACGACAAGCUGCAGCCCCAUCAGUCCAGCGAGUGGCAAAUCAUUCCCAUUCUGUGCGAGCUACUACUGUCCCACUGUCGAAUCUCCGAGACCGUGCACACACUCGCCUGCCUGCAGCGGCUUACCGCGCACUAUCAGUACCGCGCCGGGCACAUCUGGUACCAUGCGCUCUGCCUCGAUAUCCUGCUCGACACGAGCUGCUGCAUCGAGUCGUACCGGCGGUGCGAAAGCUUCUACUUUCAGAACCGUGAUUGCUUCGUCGCCCAACAGGACCACCUGGCCAGCGCUCGACUGUUUGCGAAUCUGUGGCUCUGGUGCGUCCGCUACGGUGCCUGGGUGGCGGCCGAUAACUGGCUUUCGUUGCUGCAGGACUACUUCGCGCUCACAGCCCACGAUUCCCCCAUCAACGUGCACACGGCCAUCCGCAUCGUCGAGGGCAUGGUGCUGACAUUGGUCUACCACAUCGAAACCCGCAACACGGUGAUGAUUGGGCGCGUGCGCAGCAACAUCGAGGAGCUGCUAGAGAGCAUCGAGCAGGCACUCCGGAUCAGCCGGAACCAUGUGGCUAAGUACGAGCUGAUGCGCAUCUACUACCGCCAGGUAGUGGCCCCGCGCAAGGCGACCGUGCGUAGACAGCUGACGGAUGCCGCGAAGCGUGCCAGCCAGCAGCAGAACGACCAUCUCUGCUACGAACACAUCCAGCACACGAUCAAGUUUUGGCACCGCGAGCUACCGGUGGCCCUGGAGGCGUUCUGGUUGGAUCACGCUGCCGGAAGUGAUCGAAACUAUAACGAUCAUGCCAACCACCGGCAAAGUUUCGCCGCCCAGGGCGGCAGCAGCAGCAGCGGCGAGCAGCUGUACGAUUAUGCCAGCUGUAUAUUGAAUCACGAAAGAAUCUAUCCUUAUUCAAUGCCAUUGCCAAGAGCUCGGUUCCGCUGA